AUGGCUUCAUUACUUAGAUAUUUUAGUCAUAUUAAAUCGACAUCAUCAUCAUCAAUAUUAAUAAAUAAUCUACAUUCAACAUAUAGUAUUAAAAAUAGUAGUAGUAGAUCAUCAUCAUCAAUAGCUCUUGGUAGUUUAUAUAGUUUUAAUAGUUAUGUAACGACAUCAAUCCAACAAAAUCAAUUAAAUUUUAAAUUAGAUAAAAAUAAUAGUAAUAGUAGUAAUAAUAAUAAAGAUAAAAUAAUAUUUGGUAAUGAAUUAUCAAGUGUUAAAAAGACAAUACCAAUCGUUUUGAAAAGAAGUUCAUCGAAACGCUUUGGUAAUGACGUUCACAAGAGAAUAUCUUUUCACUCUAGCACAGCAAUCAUACAAUCAUAUCAAGAUAGAAUCAAGCUGAACAAAUCGACAUGGCGAGAGAUGCAAAUAGAUUAUCUAAAUGAGAAGGAAUACAACAGACCAAUAGCAGAUACUUUAUAUUCAAAUAGAAUAAAUUUAUAUGAUCAACAAUAUCAACAACCACAACAUCAACAACAAGUAGAAGAAAAACAACCAAUUAAUAAUAAUAAUAAUAACAGUAGUACUGUUCAACAAAAAGAUAAUAUUAAGAAUUUAACAUUAUUAUUCGGUAGAGAUAUACUUGAAGAAUCGAAUCUGCUAGAUAAUGAUAAUAAUACUAAAACACCUAAAGAAUUAAAAAUCAAUAGUACGGUUGAAUUUUUAGAUAAUGAUAAAGUAAAGAUUGGUGUAAUCACUGGAUCUACAACUAGAGAUGUGAUAGUUAGUUAUUUGGAUAUAGGAGAAGAUAGUUCGAAACCAAAGUUUGUUACAAACUACAAAAUACCAAAGAGAAGUGUCAUCGGUUCAUUCCCACUAGAUGAAAUCAAUAUUACACCACAGGAUCUUCUAAACUUUGAGAAGAAAUAUAAAACUAAAUUUGAAAGUCUACCUGCUAUCUAUAAGAAUCUAAAUGAUGUAACUGAUAUAUUCAGAAAUCCAAUGUAUAAAUUCUCAACGUAUGAAGCGGCAAAGAUAUUCUUUGGUCGUGUUGAUCCGACACCACUCGAUUGCUACGUUACUCAUCGUAUAUUGAGUAGCGAUCCCAAUUUCACUGUCGAUCACGUCAGAGGUGGAUAUAGGGUGGUCGAGCAGACGAUCGAUCUCAUCGAUGAUUUCAUUCAGCGUUUGAAGCUGUUUGUCACUUCCAAGACUGCAACUGCCGCUGCGUCGGUAAAGAAGAACAGUUCCACUCAACUCUUGUCAAAGUCACAACAGCUGCAACAACAACAACUGAAGAGCGUUGAGAAUCUUUCGUUUUUCGAGCAUUUCAAGUAUUCCGAUUAUCAAUAUAUCAAUUUGCUGCGAUUGUAUCUUCAUUAUCCCGAGGAGAAACACUACCCGUUCCGUCAGUUCCUCCAGUUGAUAAUGGCGUCGCUCGACGUGCCACUCUCACACCGCAACGUGCGCGCCCUGCUCCUACAGAUGGGAUUCCUGAUUGCGGGUGUCGAGCGUGACGAACUGAAUCUCUUCACCAAGGAGACGAUGGAGUGUGUCAAGCGCAGUCGUUUGGAAUCGAUAAGCGAUCCGCUCGCAUCGAUCCGUCGCACUCUGGAGUUGCCGGCAUUCGCCAUCGAUUCCAACAAUAUCGUAGGUGCGGAGGAUGCCUUCUCCUUUGACUUUAACGAGUCGAAUCAAGAUCAAAUCGUAUUCUACAUUCACACGCUCGAUGUUGCCCGAUGGAUUCGUCCACACGACCAACUCUUCAAGAAUGCAAUGCUCACUCAAUCCACUCACUACUUUGCCAACUCAUCUUACCCAAUGCUACCAAUCGACUUUGUCAAAUCGAUUUCAUUCAAUCUCACAUCGAAACAGGUAUUUGCAAUCUCUCAGAAAUUCAUAGUUAGAAGAGACAACUGUGAGAUCAUCUCAACUGAAGUAAUACCAACUAAAUUAACAAAUAUUGCACAGUUAUCUUUCCAACAAGCAAAUAAACUGAUAUCGAAUGUCGGUGAAAUGGAUGAGAGUAGUAUGUCAGAGGGUCAUUUAAUAUUGAAAGAGUUGACCUACAUGGCGAAUACAAGAAGUACAAAUAUGGAUUUGAAUAUAUUCGGUAGAAGAAUCAGAAAGAAAAGAUUGAUCAACCAAAAAACAGGAGAAAUUAAGAAUAUAGAUCAUCAAUCCAUUGAAUCUGCACAUAUCUUGAAUACUUUAUUAACUUUUGCUGAUGAUGGAUAUACAUCUUUCUUUAAGAUGAAUAAGAUACCUGCUUUCUUUAAAUCCGGUCACAACUAUAGGAUGUUUCCACUUGGCAAGUCUGUGGCAAUGGCCACUACACCUCUGUUGUUACAAGUACAUCAAAUCAAGUUGAUAGAAAAUGACUUGUUAGACAAGCUUGCAGCUCAGCAACAACAUCCAAUGAUACAAAGUGCAAACCAAGGAAACCGACCUAAACUAUUGAAAUCAAGAAUGCCAUUCGCUUCGAAAUCGGCAGGUGUUGCAUUGGGUGGUGGCGGUGUCAAUACUACUAACACCGACUAUAUAGGUGAGCUUCAAGGUGAGAUCAAAAUGAUUUCCAACACCGAUCGUGUAGUCAACAUUUACUUUAAGGAUUAUGACUACCAACAGAAUGGAAUACACAUCGAUCAAGUCAGAUUACAACACUUCAAAGUUGGUGACAUCAUUAAAAUGAAAGUCAAAGGUUUCGAUUACAAUAAAAUCGAAUUAAUAUUAGAAUGUCAUAGUAAUAGUUUCGAAUGUUCAGAUCAUAAAAGAAUAUUAGAAGCUUUGUGUUAUGAGUGCAAUAAGUUGUUGUGUUUUAGAUGUUCAACCAAUCACAACAAACAAAUAGAACAUUCUAAUUUCAUUGAUCAUAUUGAUGAUAUUAGAAUUGAACUUGGUCAAAUAUUACAUAAUAUUAAUAAUAAUAAUGAUAAAAGUAAUAAUGAAAAUGAUAAUAAUACUAAAGAUAAUGAUAAUAAUAAUAAAGAUAAUGAUACAACAAGUACCAACUAUUCAAUUCAUAUUUCAAAGAGAUUAGAUGAUAUUUGGAAUAUGAUGAAGUGUAAAACAGAAAACUACAAUUCAUUAUCAUCAGAUGAGAAACAGAUCAGCAAACACUUUGAAGAGUUGCAUAAAUAUCUUAUGAUUGAAGAACAAAAGUUAAAGAAACCAAUCAUCGAUCAUAAAGAGUUAAUAAUCAAUCAAAUAGAUCAUAAUAUUAAAGAAUUAAAACAUUUAAUCAACAUCAUCAUAUUAAAUAAUCAUUUAGAAACUAAUAGUAAAAAUAAUGAUUUAGAGACGAAUAGUGCAACCACAUCAUCAUCAUCUUUUCAUGAUGAUACAACAGAGAGUUAUUCAAUUCCAUUCAUCAUGAAAUCAAUCAAUUCAAGUGAAUCACUUUCAACAUUCAUCAAAUCAAAUAAUGAAAUGUUAUUCUGCAACACCACCUCUACAAACGAACAUCCUCUCGAUAUUCUAAUAAAUUAUAAUAAUAACAGUGAUUCAAUGAUAUUAGAUUUAAUCUAUAAAUAUAAUAAUCAAUUUAAAUCAUCUUCAUUCAAGAAUAAUGACAACAAUAAUGAUAAUGAUAACAAAACCAACAAUCGUAAAUUAGAACUCAAACAGUUUGAUUUCACUAAACUUGAUCAUUUAUUGAAACAAUCAAUCAGACCCAGCUCAAAUUCAACAACUUUAAAUAAUAAUCAUAACAAACACACUUAUAUCUUAUCAACACAUCAAAAUGGAGCAUCAUUGAUAGAUUUAUCCAACUCCAACAUCACUGAUCUUGGAACAAUAAAAGACUUUGACACAUAUUUCAUUAUAUCAAUUCUGGCUGGAGAGUAUAUUUACAUGUUUGGUGGUAGCGAUGAUCUAGGAAAAUACAUCAGAUACUCGAUAGCAGAUCAAUCAUUUCAAGUUAUUCAAGAUCAGGUUUUAAAUAGCAGCCUUACAGUAUCAGUGUGCUAUGAUGGAAAAGAUCAUAUCUAUCUAUAUGAGGUAGGAGUCUUUGGAUCUAAAAAGAUCAGAAUUAUACGAUUUAAUGUAAGAACUUUACAAUUUGAAUUGUUUUGUGAGGAAGUAGAUGACGGUGCUUCCCCUAUCAUUUUUUGUCACUAUAAUGGAUUUCUAUAUAUCCUACCAACCUAUUCAUUUGCAAUGACUAUCAUCGAUAUCAAAGACAAAACAACUACAAAGUGGCAAUCGGGUCAAAAGUUUAAGUGGAUGUCAGCAUGCACCGAUCACAAAGGAAAUAUUUAUUUGCACAGCAAUGACGACAAAUUCAUUCGAUUCAACAUUCAAACCAAAGAAAUCAAGUACCUCAAUCACUGUAAUAUUACAGCCAAUAGGUCACUCCCAAUGAUUUACCACGAGAUAUCAGAGGUAGAGAGUUAUUUUUAUAUCACUGGUGGAGUUUGUGGCAGUGCUCGAUAUUCCAUCGAAAAAGAUCAAUGGGAAUCUAUUUUAAGUGACGACAAGUUAAAAAGAUAUUCUUCAACUCUCUUUUUGAAAUAA